GCGUGAAAAGCGGAGGCGGAAGCAGCAGCAGCAAGUGGUGAACAAAAACCGAAAGGCCGGAGAAGGAGGAGUGGGCGGUCAAAGUAUGUUUUGGGAUGGUUUCCAGUGGGUGCCACGUGCCGACACAGGGAUCAGCAAUGACAUCAACGCGUCGCGGAAGAAUCGAAGAUUGUAUUUGGGCAACUUGCCAUACCACCUAGGAGUCACAGAGGACUCCUUUUCGAAGCAGCUUUAUGAGACCAUGCGCGAUCGUGGCAUGUGCAACGACCCAAAUCAGAAUCCAGUUCUUCAUGUUUGGUUUGCCAGGGACAAGGGCGCCAACUACGGCUUUUGCGAGAUCUCCUCGCAAGAGGAGACCGAGCGUGCGCUGCAACUGGACGGCGUGCUGGUCCUAGGUGUACCAGUGUCCAUCAAGCGGCCGAACGAUGCAGUCAGCCCCCUGGGUAUGAUUGGUGGCGUGCCUGUAGGCAUGCAGAUGCCAGGUCAGGGCGGCAUGCUGGCGCUGCCAUCAGCCCAGGUGAGCGCCACCAGCCCCAUCAUUAGGAUUGAUGAGAUUCUCAAGGUGGACGAGAAGACUACGCAGGAUGACUACACAGACGUGAAGGAGGACAUGCAAGAGGGCUGCGGAGCCCACGGCAAGCUCAUUAUGGUCGCCAUCGUGAGGCCUGAGCACGCCAAGGGCAAUGCCACGGUCAAACCAGGCGAUGUCUACCUGCAGUGCGCAACCACGGAUGAUGCCACGAAGAUUAUGAGAGCCAUGGGCCACCGCAAAUACGACGGUAGGCCGCUGGGAGCGAAUGGGUAUGGCCAACGGCGCAAGAUAGAGGGCAUAUCCUCAAUGGAGCCCGAUUUUCCGUCACAGGAUUUUUUUUGAAGCAGCUGAGUAAUGCACACAAGUUGGUAUCGCUGAAAAGGACGGUUUCAUCUCC